AUGAGUUUCGUGGAAGCUAUAAUGGACAAAAUUCCAGACCGCCUAGGAUAUCUAAUAUUAACCGAGGACGGUGCUGUUCUUGAAUCUGGUGGUGAGCUUGAAAACGACGAACGUGUUGCUACAAUUGUGACAGAUCUUAUCAGUAUAUCAAACAGUGUAGAUCCAGUGGCUUUUGGGCCAAAUGAACAUUUCAAGAAGAUAUCCAUAACAUAUGAUGACCAUUGGUUUAUCAUCUGCUUAUCUAAUAAGAAGAUUCAUGUUGUAAAACGGAGCAUACAAGCACCAGCAUCUGAAGGAAUUGCUGUUAAUGUAUAA